CAGUGCAGGGGCAAUAUAAGAGGGAGCUCAUCCUCACUCCCUCAUCCACUUCUCUUGCCUCAGUCUGCUUGGGAUCAAGGUGCACCUGCAGCCCCAAACCAUGUCCUGCUACACCCGGUGCCAGCCCUGCCAGCCCUGUGGCCCCACCCCGCUGGGCAGCAGCUGCAACGAGCCCUGUGUCAGGCAGUGCCAGGACUCCACUGUCGUCAUCGAGCCCUCGCCCGUGGUGGUGACCCUGCCUGGGCCCAUCCUCAGCUCCUUCCCACAGAACACUGUGGUGGGAUCCUCCACCUCUGCUGCUGUUGGCAGCAUCCUCAGCUCUCAGGGAGUGCCCAUCAGCUCUGGGGGCUUUGGCCUCUCUGGCCUGGGCAGUGGCCUCUGUGGCACGAGGAGCUUCCCCUGCUGAAGCUGCUGACACUGCCCUGGGGAGGAACCCAGGCACUGCCAGGAUGGAACCGCCCUGGGCACGCAGCAUCGGCUUGGUGCUUCCUGAGGGGCUGAGCAACCCCAGCAGCCCUUGCAGAGGGACAGGGCCAGCCUGGGCU